CGCUCAUGGAGGGGGCGGAGGAGGGGGCCGCGGUGGCCCGGGACCUGCAGGCUUUAGGGUAUGAGGGUUUCCUGGGGGCGGCGUCGCGGGGCACUUGGUGCUCAGACUUGAGGGCGCUGUGCGCGCAGCUGAUGGCGGAGCUGGCGGCUCUGGGUGCCCUGAAGCAGGAGCAAGAGGAGGGCGCCGAGGCGCUGACUGCCGGCGACGGCCUCUGCGCGGAGGAGGAAUUCCUACGGCGGCUGGGCGACCAGCUGCGCGAGCUGCACUGCCCUGACCGCGCGCUGUCCGGCGGAGACUGCGCGGCCACGCUGCGGGCGCCCGGCGCGUGCCUGCGUCUGCUGCGCUUCCUCUGCUCUGAGCUCCAGGCUGCCCGCCUCCUGCACCUGCGUCACCCACUGGACCCCAGCCCUGCACAGCUCCUUGGCGAAGAGACAGAGGAGGGAGCUGGCAUGGUCCAGGAAUUAAUCCUUACCCUCCGAGCCCUGGGGCUGCCCAGACCCACGCCAGGGACCCCCGCCAGCAGGCUGCUGCAGGAAUUGCGUUCCAAGAUCUCGGAGCUGCUGCCUUCCUUGCCCCCCGGGUCCAUGCAGCCCCUCCUCAGCCACCCGCUGGAUGCGCGCAGAUGGGAAGCGUUGGAGUCACUGUCCCAAAGCCUGCGAGACCAGUACCGCUGCCGCCGCCGCCUCCUCCUUACGCGACUGGACCUUACAACAUCCGCUUUCCACUGGAGUGAUCGGGCGAAGGCCCAGGGAGAGUUCAUGAAGGCCGUGCUGAUCCCAAUUCGAGAGGUGCUAUCCCCAGAAUCGGAUGUUUCCAUCACCCAUGUCCUGGCUGCCCGAGCUGACCUGUCUCGCCUCGUCCCAGCCACCAGCGUGGCUGCCCGCCGGGGGACCUGCUGUGCUGUCAACAAGGUGCUUAUGGGCAGCGUGCCAGACCGGGGGGGCCGUCCAAAUGAGCUGGAGGCUCCCAUGCCCAGCUGGCAGAGCCGAAGAGAGGGCGGAGACGGGCGCAGGGCAGGCCACCAGCGCUGGGGCCGCAAGAAGAAGAAGAAGGAAAGGGGGACCGGUGGUGGGGAGGGUCCUCCGUGAGAUGCCGAUGCCAUUGGGGAGCAUCU